AUGUCUUAUAGUGAACUUAAAUCAUCUUCGUCUAAUAGUUCCCUUCCAUUACCUCCUACUAAUCCUGUUCUUGAUCAGCGAAACUAUGAAAAGGAAAAAGCGCGUAUAGAGAAAGCGAUUUCUAUUCAGCAAGAGCAAAUCGUACAAGCAUCGCAUGCUUUAUCGUUUUGUCACCAAACUCAAGAAUUUCGCGGAAGUCGAGAGGAGGUCGACGCACAAAGAGCACUUUUAAUUGCUACUGAAAGUCGUCGAGCUUUGAUUUUGGCUCUGGAUCACUUAAUUCAAGAUCGUUCCAGAGGGAUUCGAAAACCACUUGAUUCUCCUCGUGGCACAUUGAUCAUUAAUAAUAUUUCUGUUAAAUUGUUGCGUGAUUUUAUCAAUGGACAUAUAAAUAAUAAUAGUCAAUUAUAUUAUUUCAUUAUAUUAAUUCGUCAUGGUGAAACUAUUAGGAAUACGAUACUAUUGACAAGUGAUUACGGUCUAAAAAAUGGAAGAUUAGAAUUUCCACAUUAUAUACAAUUGAAUUCAUUGCCUCAUGAUUUCAUUUGUACUUUCGAAAUCUAUGCCUUGCGAACGAGACGAGAAGUUCUCGGCCAUUACGAAAAAUAUCAUAUAAAAAAUAGUGGCUCUACGAAGAAAAAACCAUCAGUAUUGAGUUCAACUGCAUCUUCACCUGCUGGAUCUUCUGUGAUCGAUCCGUCUUUUCAACGUGUCGGCUAUUUAACACUUAGUCUUGAAAGUGUAAAAAGAGACAAAUUUCGACUGAAUGAAGCACUUUUCCCACUUGAUGGCUUAAUUGAAAUGCAUCUUCACUGCUAUGCCGAAGGGACGAAUGCUGUUGGUUACAGAGGAUUUCUGAUUAUCUAG